GUGACCGUGUGCGUGUGUGCCGCGUGUGUGCGUGAGUGAGAGCUGCAUGUGUGAGUGGCGUGUGUGAGUGUGACGGUGCCUGAGAGUUUGUUGCGCGCCUGGAAUCGUCCGCAGCUCGGGUGCUGUCACCGCCUCACACCGCGGCCACAGCUCCGUGUUCGCUUCAUGCGAGUUCCCGUCGCGGCUCUUCCACCCGUCCGCCAGCGAUGACUGAGAGCCCCGCCACCCAGCCGCCCGCCGGGGAACGGUGUGAGCGGGUGAAGAACGGACUGAAGCCCGAGAGGAACGGCUUCGUGAAGAGCCUCCACCGCUCCCGUGAGCGCCAGCACAAGCGCCACUGCCACCCCGAGGAGGAGGAGGUCCGAACAUCCUCCCAUGAUGGCAGCCUGUACAAUCAGCCCUUUAUCGAGACGUUUGAGGAGACGCCCAUGCUGGUGGCGGUGUUCACCUACAUGGGCUACGGCAUCCUGACCAUCUUCGGGUACCUCCGCGACUUCCUCCGUCACUGGAAGAUCGAGAAGUGCAACGUCGCCAGCGAGAGGGAGGAGCAAAAGGACUUUGUGCCCCUCUACCAGGAUUUUGAGAACUUCUACACCAGGAACCUCUACAUGCGGAUCAGAGACAACUGUAACAGGCCCAUAUGCAGUGCCCCUGGGGCCAAGAUGGACCUGAUGGAAAGAACGUCCAGAGACUACAACUGGACGUUUGAGUACACAGGUCGGUCAUUGCCGGAUGUGAUUAACUUGGGCUCCUAUAAUUACCUGGGCUUUGCAGAGAACACAGGUCCGUGUGUUGACUCGGCGGCAGAAGUCACCAUGAAGUACGGCGUCGGAGUUGCAAGCUCCAGGCAGGAGAUUGGCAACCUGGACUGUCACGAGGAGAUGGAGAAAUUGAUGGCGGAGUUCCUUGGCGUUGAAUCAGCUAUGGUGUUUGGGAUGGGGUUCGCCACCAACUCCAUGAACAUACCAGCACUGGUAGGCAAGGGCUGUCUGAUCCUGAGUGAUGAACUGAACCAUGCGUCACUGGUCCUGGGAGCCAGACUCUCUGGUUCCACCAUCCGAGUCUUCAAACACAACAAUAUGCAGAAGCUUGAGAAACUGCUGAGAGAAGCCAUAGUUCACGGGCAGCCGAGGACUCACAGACCAUGGAAGAAGAUCCUCAUAGUGGUGGAGGGCAUUUUCAGCAUGGAGGGCAGUAUAGUCCGCCUGCCAGAGGUGAUCGCCCUCAAGAAGCGCUACCAGGCUUACCUUUACGUCGACGAAGCCCACAGCAUCGGGGCCCUGGGGCUGAGAGGGAGAGGUGUGGUCGAUUACUUUGGCCUGGAUCCCAGCGACGUGGAUGUCAUGAUGGGCACAUUUACCAAGAGCUUUGGUGCUGCAGGGGGAUACAUUGCAGGGAAACGGGAUCUUAUUGAGUACCUGCGCUCCCAUUCCCACAGUGCAGUCUACGCCGCCUCCAUGUCUCCUCCUGUGGUGGAGCAAAUCAUCACUUCUAUGAAGUGCAUUAUGGGAGAGGAUGGCACAACAAUAGGCUGUGAUCGUGUUCGGAAGCUGGCAGAAAACACAGUCUAUUUCCGCGAGAGGCUUGAGGCAAUGGGCUUCAUCAUCUACGGCAACAUCGACUCUCCUGUCAUACCCAUGAUGCUCUACAUGCCUGCAAAGAUAGGAGCAUUUGGGAGGGAGAUGCUGAAGAGGAACAUCGGGGUGGUGGUGGUGGGCUUCCCAGCCACGCCCAUCAUUGAGUCCCGGGCGCGCUUCUGCAUCUCAGCCGCCCACACAAAAGAGAUACUCGACAGGGCUCUGUGUGUCAUCAACGAGGUAGGAGACCUGCUUCAGCUCAAGUACUCCCGGCACAGAAUACAGCCUUCGUUGGGGCGGCCUUCUGACGACAACAUGUACCAGGACAUUGACGACUGACUCCCAUCCAGAAAUGGCCUGGGCCUCUGCAGCCCCAGGAAAAUACAGAACGGGUCGAAACUGAUCGCAAGUCUUCCACAAGGAGCGAGAUGCGCACAGAUGCCCCUUGUCACUAGCUUGCCAUAACGCACCCCUCCCAUCCCCAAAAAGAGUAAAACAUUUAGAACUAAUUCUACUUUGCCUUACGUAAACAUGCAAACCCUGUGGAAAACUCACUGAAAAACCACAUCCCUGCUUUUGUUUGUGAACUUUCAUUUCUCUUUUUAUAAGUGUGCAUCUAAAAAAUGUGUUCAUGGGGGUGGAAUAUGUGUGUUUGUGUGUACGUUUGCAGUGCCUGUAGCAUUCGUCACGUUAAACCUUACUGCCACGUAUGUGAGUUGGACAGAUGUGAGCUUUCCAAAUGGGGAUAUUGUUCCUGUUGUUCCUUAAUCAAAAUUACAUACAAGUUACAACAUAAAAUGACACAUAUCUUUCCAUCCAUGUCUGGAAUUCCUGACAAUUAAUGUUGGAUACAAAAAUAAUUGCCAAAUAUUAGGUGCUGAACAGAAGAUGACUUCAGACUAAUAGUUUCUGGAAUACAAACCUUUCAGGAAAUAGACCUAUCCUCCUUUGUUUCCAAAAGUUCCCAAAUCAAUACUCUCCAGCUUUUACAGUUGAAAUUAAGCUUGAGCCUUUCAAUGUAAUUUUUACCUUUUAGAUUUUUUUUUUUAACAAACACACCUCACUUGUAACAAGUCAAAUGUGCAGUAGAUUGAACCAAAAUCUGUUGCACAUGGUGUCAUCAAUUAAAAUCCCUUAUCAAAUAUGUCUGAUUCCAUUGUAAAUGGAAAAAGCUAAACACUGACAAAUCUACAGUCCCUGUUCAAAACAGUAUGUGUGUUUUGUCACCUUCAAGUUAGAAAUAAUGAUCGUUGAGUUGCAUUGUCACUGACAGUUUAACUAAGAAUAUUAGUAAUCAAAUGUUGUGGGUUCAUCCCACAAAACAGGAUUACACUUUAUAUUUAUCCAGAUUUAUAUCAGUUAAGUCAAGUUAAGUUUUAACUUUGCUCUCAGUGGCUACACUUUAAAAAUUAGUUAUUUUUAUUGACCAAGAAAAACACCAGUUUUUAUAAAGGAUCCACUUAAAGAGUAAAACUGUUAUUCAGACCCUUAGUCAACUACUGCCAUUGAAAAUGGUAAGAAAUGAAUUUGUAUCCUAGAUGCUCAUGGAUGUUGUCAGCCUCUUUUCACCACUACUGUUACAUGUCAUCAUCACUGGCAUCGUGUGUAUCCAGGGGAUUUGUUUUUGUUUGUUUGUUCAGUUUUUCAAUUCACAUAAUUCAAAGGCGGAGUUGUUACUGUAACAAUAGCCUUUUCCUUUUCUUUUUUUUUUUUGAUUGAAAGGCUCAUGCAAGUGUAAGCUGUUCUCCACUUAAGUGUUGAGGGUCAGUUAAGUCAUUUUGAGGAAAGGAGAACAAAAAGACAUUAUAUUUAUAUAGUCAUAUCUCCAGGCCUGACAGGAGAAUACUAAGAGGACUAAAGUAGACUGGGUGGAAUUCAACAUUGAUAGAAAUACUCUGCAUUUCCACUAAAUUUCUUUGGUACGGAGCCACUAAAGUCCUGACAGGUGAUUUUAUAGAAUUUUGUGUGGUUUACUUGUAUAGAUAAAUAUCUUGGUGCCGAGGUGAGUACGUGAUCUCUCACUAGGUGUCGUGAAGCCUUCCCUGAUUCUAUUUGGGUUUUAAUUUUUCCUAUUUCAGCUUCGACGUUCCGUAUUGGUUUUUACACAUCAAAGUGUUUAUAUCUUCAAUUUGAAAAACGGAUUUUAUGACUAGUCUGAGUUUUUAAAACACUUUGUGGAUUUUGUAACGUGAUCUAAUUUAUUAUGUUUUAAUGCAAGAUAUUGACUCAUUCCCACGUGGUCAAUAUCCUGUUUGCACAAGAUAACCUUGUGGUAAAAGUUAGUUAUUGUAUAGUCCAGUCUGCAUGUAUUGAAAACCACAGGGAAGUUGCUUCAAAGCUUUUAACAGCUGCAGUAGUUUCAUUGUAUGACAUAAGUGAAAAUAGAACAUGAUGAGCUGAGUACUCUCCAUCAAGUGGCUGAGUGUAUCUGAAGCCAGGAAAGACUCAUUUGAAAGCAAUGUAUUGUGUGCAGACAAGUUAUUUAUCUUGUGUGAAUAUCACCAUUUGGGACUGAAGGGCCUCCGUACUAGGUGCUUAUUAGUACUGACCUUGCUGCUUUGUGAUAUUGUUAAAAUGCCUUGCAAAACCAAGUGUUAUCUUUCUGCUGUGACUCAAACGUCAUGGAUAACUUUAAAUUGUCUGCGUGUGUGUGUCUCUUGCUUUUUCUUGUACACAGCCGUCUGUCUUUUGAACUCUCGGGUUAUCUUUACAAUGUGCUAUGGAGAUUUUAAACUCCUUAAUGAAGGCAGCUGUAAAGAAAUACAUAAAUACACAUUUAAAAAAAAAAAGUCCCACACACAAACAAUUACUCUUGCACUUGUGCGACUUUGCAAAUAUCAUGUGAGCACUUGUUCCAUGUAUCGAUGCAUGUACAGCUGCUCCACACCACAGCCAGAUACUGGGAUAUACACACUUCUGCUAUGAUAUGGCUUGUUUUGAAUGUUGUGAUAAAAAUCUGCUUAUUAGUGUCAGAGAACGUUUGAGUUAACGUGUCUGUUUGGGUCCAGGGAGGUUGAUUUGUUUUAUUUCAAAUUGAUUUCGAUCUGUCACUGUAACAGUGGUGCUUGUGUCAGUGUUAUUGUGCUCGAAGCAAAGUGUCGAUGUUAUUCUGAGGAUAGCAGCCAUUCACAACAUAUUUGUAUAUCAAAAUGACAUUUACAUUAUUUGUUAGGUCCCCAAACUUCAAGGCCUCAUGUCUGACUAAUGAAGCAGACUUAAAUUUAAUUCAGAGAAUCCUUCACGAUUAGUUCUUGUACAAACAAUAAGAAGAUGUUGUGACACUUUAAAUCCACAGCAUGUUCCCAGAUUAUCUUAACAAUUAAGCCACAUUGGUCUGAAGUCAUCGGAGCAGAUUAACCUUCCUGCCUUUUUUUUAUGAUCUGUGAGCUUUGUUGUUGAAAGAGAGCAGUGGAAGAGGGCCCCACUAUUUUGUACAAAGUUUAUUUUGUUUCCACGGGUUAGGGCUGAUGACAAUUUUUUGUUUACUAUUAAGUCACCAGAGAAAAAUGGUCGCCACUAUUACAGGCAGCAUUUUUCAAAAGUACUGGAGCCGUGCCGAUAAUGGCGGCAAUUAUUCCAUCGGCGUAUUAUCACAAGUCAGAGAUGAUUGUUUCUGACACAGUGCCUUUUGAUGCCAAUGAUUUUCUAAGAAUUCAGACGAGAGUAAGUGUCAUUUACUUGGAAUGUUCAUCUUUUAGUCUUAUUGGUUUCUUUUAAUACAACUGUGCUUGUUAUUAGCUCUGGGUGUUGUCUGUGUUGACUAAUGGCCAUGCAUUUGAUCAUAGAAAACGCACUAUUUGCAACAUAUCAGCAAAUAAUAAUUGUGAAAAAAUAAUAAUAAAUACUGUUUGUCAAGUGUCACCCAUGUUAAUGAUGGUAAAUCAUUAAAAGAAUAAUAACAAAA